AUGCCUAACAAAGUCAUAGAGACUCCUUACCCUCUUAUCGACGCCGAUCCUCAUGCCUCUCGUGUCAUACGAUACUUCAGGCCUUCCGACUAUGCGGUCUGGGCUGGUGCUACUGGUGCUUUUCCCGCUGCUCUGAUCUUCUGGGAAAUGGCGGACCCAACUAGAGUUCGUCUGAAAACACCUCUUCGACUUGGAGGAUUUCUGGGCUUCGUGAGCGGUUUCCUCCUGGCGUAUCAACGUUCAAGUGUUCGCUUCUGGGGCUGGUCUGAAAACAGUCGUGAGGAGAAAAUGGACAUGGAGGAGUUGAGUCAGCGUGCGAGGGAAGGAAAGCCAUUGUACGGCGAAUCUCCUCAACCCGAAUGGGUGCAAGCUGCCGCGUUCAGAAAUUCUCAGUUCUCGCAACUCAAAUUCUCUGCCUUCCCGAUGUUCAACCUUGUCAACCACCAGCAUCACGGCGUAGAUACCUCAAAAUACGGCGUAAAGGCGGAAGGAGACGAAUGAACUUCGCACAUCGUCUUGACUAGAUUUUAGCCAACCUGUGGACUUGGUGCGCUUCGAUUUUCACCCGGGGUGCUGGUUCACGUUGAUUUUUUUUGGAUAAGAUGUACCUUACGAUAGACUUUCUCUGUUUACGCAGCGAAUGGCACUGGAUGAAGUUGACAG